AUGCGGUUCACGAGAGGUUUAUUCCAGCUCGUUGCUAAGCAAUUGGAACUUUAUCAGUUGGCCGAGUUUGCUCGCGCACGAGUCGCGCCCAAGAAUAGUUAUGUGUGUGUGGACCUGCAGCUAACUUCAAAUGCAAAACUUGCACCCGAAGGUCGCACCGUCGUGACCCAGCAAGUCAACUCGUUGAGUGGAUGCUCACAUAUUGGUCCUCGUAAGCGAUUGCGGCUACAGCAGCGCAUCGGCUCUGUAUGA